AUGGAGGUUGUUCAAAAGCGCGUGGCAAUGCUGACAAACUGCGAAGUGUUGGAAUUCCUGAAAUCGCAGAAAAAAGACGAAAAAUCUUCGGAAAAGCUGAAAAUGUUGAACACGGUGGUUCGGGAGACGCGGAAAUAUUUGCACGCAUCGCCGGCCGCCACGCAAAAUUCGGAUAUGAUUGAACAACUUUUGCCGAAGCUUAAACCAUAA